AUGAGGAUGGAUAACGAGGAGGGAGUGAAGAGGGCUUGGGAGGAACCUGUUAGGGGAAGAAGAUCGAGAGGGAGACAGAGAAUUGAAUGUUCCCUUACCACUUCAUUCUGCUUUUUUCUUACUGUACCAUUAACAUCCCAUCUUCCCCAUCUUUCUUCCAUCUCCAACUUGACCUCCUCCUCCUCCUCCACAAACGUCUUUCUACCAUCUCUUCCCUCCACCUCCAACUUGACCUCCUCCUCCUCUUCCUCCACAACCGUCUUUCCUCCCUCUCUUCCUCCCACCUCCAACUUUACCUCCUCCUCCUCCUCCACAACCGUCUUUCCACCAUCUCUUCCCUCCACCUCCAACUUUACCUCCUCCUCAACCGUCUUUCUUCCCUCUCUUCCCCCCUCAAACUUGACCUCCUCCUCCUCCUCCUCCACAACCUAUCUUCCUCCUCCCCCCCACCUCCAACUUGACCUCCUCCUCCUCCACAACCGUCUUUCUUCCCUCUCUUCCUCCCACCAAAUUCCCAUCCUCCUCCUCCUCUUCACUUCACUUCCCUCCUUCUACCUCCUGCUUUACCUUCUCAAUCUUCUUCUUUCACUCCCACACCCUCUUGUACCUCCUCUCCCUCCUCCAACACCACAUUCACUUCCUCUUCUUGCAACUCGCCCUCAACCUCAUGUCCUCUCACCUCCCCCCCUCCAACUCUCCUACUGUUCCUGCUACGUCAUUUAG